AUGGAUGAGUUCGACCUUAAGGCUAGACAGCAAUUUUCAGACUGGGUAUGGAAGCCAUCUCAAGAACGCGGCACUCUUCCAUCUUUACCGGUGACGAAAAGCUUAAUAGAGCGUGAUAUCCGGUCGAAUUCCAAGCUCCGCACGGUCACAGACUCUCAGAGACACGAGCUCGUCGAGCACUUGUACCGAAUUCUCGACGAAGAGUAUCAGCUGGCAACAGUAGCUGAUUAUUCACGGAGAGCCGGACCCGUUCCUGCUGAAGAUGGACCGGGCCCGACUAGAUCUUCUUCUGAGGAUCCACGGCCGAAGGACUAUCUAACCAAACCCACAAAGCGUUCUUUUGACCUCUCCUCCAAGGGCAUGAAACGGCAACAAACUCUAGACUCCCACUUCCCAAGGACGUCGCCACAACAAGUAAAUGCGUCCUUUGAAACCAACCUCUCGGCUGCGGUCUCAGAUGUUUUCUCGGUUGCAUGCGAGGACGGUGUCGGAGGCUCCAAUGACACCUCGAUGAUUUCAGAAGAAGAGUUCCACCCCAGUUUCACAACAUCUGUCGAAUGUAUCUUUUGCCGAAGCCCUUUCGAGCAAUAUGCGGAGCUACCACCGGAGACACCAUUCUGGUUGGCAUGGGACAUCCACCGUCUAGCACACCAAAGUGGAAUUGAACCCGUGGAUCUUCACAGUCAAAUGCUAGCAGCCAUUGGACGAACAGGUCCAUCUGCUGACGACUUUUGCUCGACUCUAAGAGGAUUGACUGUCAACUCUGGAGAAAUAUCCCCUGAGUCAGAGUUACCAGACUGGGUAACCUCGAAGAAUGAAUACUACAACAAGGAAUCUCACAAGGCCGUUUCACUGAGAGUAAACCUUAGAUGGUCUGGCAACCUUACCAAAGGGCGGUUUGAAUAUCAGCUGUCUCCAAUCCACCUGGACCAAUCAUGUCGCUUACAAAGAAGGUUUGGUGCAGAUAGGCUCUUGGUGCUCUCAAUUCUUGUUCCAGCAAACUAUGCAUCCUCACAGCAGACUCAUCGGCCUCAUUGUCGGUCUAUGAAAGACUGUAUAUGUGACUGGCUUACUGCUUCUGGACAUCUCAUCGCAGGUCGAUACUGGAGAGUGUUCUUCUCAGAACAAGGGUCUAGCACGAAGCUAGAGGGGAAGCUAGAGGGGAAGCAAGAGCGAAUGCAAGAGUUCAAAGUGUUUCUGUUUGCAGAGACUGGGUUUGACAUGGUUCCUCGUCCCGUGUGGAGCACCCUUCCGCUUGGGCCGACUAAACACAAAAUAUUGCUAGAAGAAUUAGUCCAGUGGCAUAUUCCGCCACAACCAAAUCAAGCCUCGAAAAACUACAAGCAUUUCUCGAGAUGUGGUCUUGCCUUGUCCAAAACCACGCCCACGAUUGCUCUACAGCGUGCAGAAUUCAUCCGCAUCGAUGACGCUCUAGGGGAUCCAAUGGCUCAUGGCCGGCAAGAAGUUAUGAACGAUGGCUGCUCUCUAAUGUCAUUAGCAUACGCGAAGGAGGUGUGGAAAUGUUGGGGAGGAAUAGGCGAAGUACCCAGUGCCGUCCAAGGUCGAAUCAGUGGAGCUAAAGGCCUAUGGAUAGUAGAUUUUCGCAAUUCUCAUCCUGAGGUCAGCCCACGCGAUUUCUGGAUUGAAAUAUCACCGUCCCAGUUGAAAAUCAAACCACACCCUAGUGAACGGGACGCUGACGAAACUCAGCGCACAUUCGAAGUUUUGAAGUGGGUCAAAGUCGCCAAAGAAGGCGCCCUUAACAAGCAGCUAGUCGCCAUUCUUGUUGACCGAGGGGUAAACAGAGAUGUCCUCAAAGCCGCGUUGAUCGCAGACCUAUCUGAAAUUACAGAUUCUCUGUUCAGCGCCAUGGAUGACCCAGUCGCAAUGCGCGCUUGGGUUCAGAAACAAUCUCUAGCCUCUCGAAUUGGCGCCACUAAGAUGAUCGGAUGCUUUCCAGCUGACAAAAGAGAUCAAGCAAACAUGCUACUCGAUGCCGGCUUCAAGCCCCAAAACUGUGCAAUGCUAGUCAAACUCGCCAAGGCUAUGCUUAUCGACUACUUGACGAGAUAUGUCGAAAAGCUGAGGAUCAAGAUUCCGCACUCUACCAUGGCAUUUUGUGCAGUGGACCCGAUCGGCCUCCUAGAACCAGGUCAAAUACACUUGUCAUUUUCACAUCCGAGAAUUCAUCCUAUGUCAGGUCUAAGCGAAAAUCAGCUAGAUGAAAUCGAUGUCUUGGUCACCAGAAAUCCUGCAUAUCUAGCCUCAGACAUACAACUGGUGAGAGCUGUUUACAAGCCAGAGUUGCGACAUUAUAAAGAUCUAGCAGUAUUUCCCAGGAAAGGCCAGAAACCUUUGGCAUCCUUGCUUUCUGGUGGUGACUACGAUGGCGACACGGUGACAAUUAUAUGGGAUCCUUCCAUCGUUAAGGAAUUCAAAAAUGCCAGCAUGCCACAGCUACCCACCGAAGAGGAAUGUGGACUGGUGAAUCGAUCUCGGCCAUUGUCCGAGUUUUUUCAUGAUGAUUUGCCCCGGGCGCAUGAAGUUCGGACCUUCAUUCGAAGCUGUCUGAAUUUCAACCUUUCACAAAGUUUAAUGGGCUUAUGUUCUGAUGAACAUGGUAAGCUCAGCUAUGCUCUGAGCCUGGAAGGGGCCACUCUAGGGCUAUCCGACCCAGGUCUAAUCAAGUUGGCGGCAGCUGCGGGAUAUCUUGUUGACGCAAGCAAGCAAGGCUGGGAGCCAAACACUGAAAACUGGGUGGCUAAUCUAUCAAAAGCGAAAGGUCGGCGGAAAUUAGAUGCCCCAGCCCAUAAAAGCAGCUUAAAAGGCAAAUGCGGCUGCAAUGGGCAACAAAAGAACGUUAUCGACUAUUUGAAAUUCGAUGUGGCCACAGGCGAAAAAGACGGAAUUCUGAAGGCUUUCGAAGAGAGGUUUGCGGGAACAAGCACCUACGAUCACGACCUAAGUAGUCGUUGGAAAUACUGGAAGAACCUGGCCGAUGGUUCUUUGAAGCGUUUACUCUUUGAUGAGACCAAUGAAAAGUCAUUGGUCAAACAAGUCCGAGUCGUGCGCACCAUGUGGACCACAAUGUGGGCUAAAGAGAGGGGAAACAGGUGUGAGGAUCUCCCAAGUACAGGAAGAUCAUCAGCUGCCUUCGCUUCAAUAGUCGCCACCACUUUUGAUGCCUUCAAGGCAAUUAAGCCUGAAAGAGUUGAUCAUGAGUUCUACCGACAAUAUGAACGCGAAGCAGGCCGUCGAUUCUCCGAGUGGUCAUUAUUAAGGUCAUCCUGUCUUUACAAUGUUCUUUGCAAUGGAGCACCAAACCGUCAUCAGUCAUUACUAUGGCACAUCGCUGGAAGGGAGUUAUGUCAUCUCAAAGCAAAUGAACAGCCGGACACUUUAGAUGUGGUUCCCCAAAUGUAUCCGAAUCUGAGAUUCGACAGUAAGCGCCACAAACGUUUGAUGGAAGAACAGUCUUACGGUAUGGGAACCCGGGAUGUGGCCUUCAACAUGGAUGGGGAUGAAGAGAGCUAUGAUGAUGACGAUGAUGAGGAAUGA